AUGGCCUUCCAGAAUUGCCCCGCAACGAAAAUAACGCUGUCCUUUACUAAAUGUCCUAGCACGGAAAAGUCAUGGAUGGAAGCCGCAAAAAAGAAAAACUGUUCAAGUAUUCCCCAGAACUGUACCAGUCCAGAGAAUUUUAGAUACCACUGUGUGGCGAAUGCCUUCAUGAAUCAAACCAUUGAAGUGUGUGCACCUGGUUUAUAUCUUUUGGGAUAUUGUCCAGAGUAUAAUUUUCAGGGGGAAAGAAUACAAGACAACUAUAAUGCAGAUUGUAAAAACUUCGCAGAGCCUUGUCCAAGCAGAUACAAGUCAUGGAUGUCCUAUAAAUAUUCAGAUUGUGUUGCUCUAAAAAAAUUUAACCAUGGGAUCCAAUUAAAUAAACUCUAUAAAUCAGACUUGAACAAAACUGCUUUAGAAAUCAAUUUAGAGAUGAAGGAGGGAAGGGAGUUUGUGUCGGCGGACAGUGUAAUCAUAUUUGUUUGCAUCAGUAGUGUUUUCCUAGCGGUAUUAGUAGGAUUUGUGAUAUAUCUGUUCAGAUGUGCAAAAGGAAGAAGAAAACCAGAGACAUCUUCAGGCGGCAUGGAGCAAGAACCACUCAAUCAUAUCACGUCCAAUGGAAACUUUUCGUGACAGAAUUUCAAAACAAUAUCUCACAUCUUUUAAAUCAAGAUAGUGUUCAUCUAAUUCACGAGAAACAUUUUUGAAUAGUUACUAAGGACACAUUCAUCAAAAUGUUUGUAUCGGCAGUAAAUGACUUAUCAGGAAUACUAUACGAAAGAGCUAAUGCUGGUACUUAUAUCUUUAGCAUUCUCUUUCAGAUGGCAUCAUCAAUUUUGAUGACGAUUUAUUUCAGUUUGUAUUAAUUUGUGCAGUUGUUACAUUUACUACAUCAGCAUUUUUU